UGUAUAGUAUUUAAAUCACUGUACUUGAAAAAAAAAAUUAUUAACUUCAGUUUUUAAUGACUGCUAAGAUGACUUAUUCUUUAGCAGCAAGAUGUUGACAUUCUGUCCUAACUGUUCAAAUAUGUUAUUGAUAACACCAUCAUCAGAAGAUGGGUGUAACAAGUUUUAUUGUCCAACCUGUCCAUAUGAAUUCAAAAUAAAUGGGUUUCAAUUAUUUGAAAGAAAGAAAUUGCAUAGAAAAGAGGUUGAUGAUGUUCUAGGAGGUGAAGGUACAUGGGAUAACGUUGAUCAAACCGCAGCUCAAUGUGCUAUUGAUUCAUGUGAUAGUACUAAGGCUUACUUUUUCCAAUUACAAAUCAGAUCUGCUGAUGAACCUAUGACUACCUUUUAUAAAUGUGUUAGUUGUGGUCAUAGAUGGAAAGAAAAUUAGGAUAAGCUAUCUAUCAGCAGUAACAGAAAUCAUCAUAAAAAGAGUUACAUCAAAGUGUAUUAUUAUUAAAU